AGCGACAGAGAGAGAGAGGAGUCAAGUGAUGAGACCACUGCUGCUGCACGCCUCACUGAGUUGCCUGGUGCCGGCUCUGACCCGGUUUUCUGCUUCUUGUAAUAAAGUCUUCGCACAAGCAGCAGCUGCGCCACAUCUGUAUUAUUGCAGAAAAACGAUGCAUUAUCAAACGGAGCAGAGAGGACAACCCAAUUCCUCCGACUACCGCCUUUACUUUAAAACCUCUGAUGGGAAAUACAUUUCCCCGUUCCAUGAUAUUCCACUGAUAGCAGCGUCAGACCCGGACGAUGACGUUCCAGCUAAGAAACUCAAGAGUGAGAGUGAGGUGCUUUACAACAUGGUGGUGGAGGUACCUCGAUGGUCAAAUGCUAAAAUGGAGAUUGCAACAAAGGAAGCUCUGAACCCCAUCAAACAAGACGUGAAGAAAGGCAAGCUCAGAUAUGUGGCCAACAUCUUCCCACAUAAAGGCUACAUCUGGAACUACGGUGCGCUCCCGCAGACAUGGGAGGACCCAAACUGCGAGGACGAAGAGACAAACUGCUGCGGGGACAACGAUCCGAUUGAUGUUUGUGACAUCGGCACUCAGGUGUGCUGUCCGGGUCAAGUGAUCCAGGUGAAAGUGCUGGGCAUCCUGGCAAUGAUUGACGAGGGAGAGAUGGACUGGAAGGUCAUCGCCAUCAACGCUAAAGACCCUGAUGCUGCAAAGCUGAACUGCAUAGAGGAUGUCAGAACGACCCGUCCGGGUCACUUGGAGGCCACCGUUGACUGGUUCAGGAAGUAUAAAGUGCCCGAUGGAAAACCUGAGAACCAGUUUGGGUUCAAUGGACAGUUCAAAGACAAGGACUUUGCAGUCCAGAUCAUUAACUCCACCCACAAGCACUGGAAAGCCCUGGUACAGAAACAAACCAACGCUGGAGGCAUUGAGUGUAAAAACUUGUCCUGCUGCGACAGCCCCUUCACAUGUGAUGAAGAUGAGGCCAGAGGAGUUGUCCACUCGGCUCCUGUUGUUGGCAGUGCCCAGCCCGUGUCACCAGGAGUGGACAAGUGGCAUUUCGUGUGA